AUGCCAGUAAUUAAGAUUAAGAAAAGAGAUAAUCCUGAGAAUCCUGAGCCGGAACCAAAGUCUAAAAGAGUGCGCUCAAAGACCAAAGUAAAGGAAGAGAAAGGUGAUAUGCCUAAGCUAAAACUCAACUUGGGGAAGAAGAAGGAGAAGAGUCCUGAACCAAACGGUGGCAUGAAGCUGAAAUUGAAUCUAAAGAACUCUGAAGAGCCAGAAAAAGUUGCGAAAGCGCCAAGACUGCGAGUUAAACCCAUCAGAGUUCCCGGUGAAGGUUAUGAUUCAGAAGCAUCCGAUGUGGAGGAUGAUCCACUAAUGGAGGAAGGUAUAAUACUUAGGAUCUUACCAGAUCUAAGUGCUGAAUUUGUCAAAAAUUCUAUUGAAUCUGGUGAUUAUUCAGGGAUUAGUAUUAAAUGGAAAGGACAAAGACAUGCCGUAGUCAAUAUUAAUAAUGUAUCCUACGGCGCAGUCCUUGUCAAUUUGCCGACUGUAAUUGAGGUUAACAAAAGUGUAGAUAGGAAAAAUCUUUUGAAGACUUUAGACGUUUGUCAAAUGCUACUCUGUAUUAAGGUGAUUGAAAAUGAAGAAGAUGUGUUCAGAUUGACACCUCCAGAUUCUGAAGAUCUAAUAUCGAAACAUUUUGAAGAAUAUAAGGAUGAGAUUAACGACUUUAAAAAGAAAUUCAUCAAAGGUUUUAAUGGUGGUCCGCUUACCGACGCAGAAUCCAAAUAUAUGGAUGAGAUAGUGCUGAAGCCAUAUGACUAUAAACACGGUAUAACUCCGGCUCUUUACAACGUUAGAAAUAGGAGAUUUAGACGUCGUAUGGGACAAGGGGAAUUUGAUUAUGUGGAGCAGGUAGUAGAAAGGUUACUAAAAUUCGAUGAGCAAGCAGAGGACGUUCAAUACGAAUUAAUUGAUGAGGACGAAGCAAUCAGAAAAUCUACUUCAGCUAACCAUGUAACCAAUUUCGAUAGUAUACAAGAUUCCGAACCUUCAUCGUUUCAAUUCGCGGAUAUCGAUGAGAGAGAAGAUGAUGAUUUGGAUCUUGAUGCAGCAUUUCAAAGUGAUCAAGAAGAUGCGAAAACUGGUGAUGAGGACCAGGAUGCAAUGGGUGUAUUAGAAGAGGCAGGCGAUGACGUGGAACAAGAUAAUGGUGAAGAGGACGAAGAGGAUGGUGAGGAGGACGAAGAGGACGAAGAGGAAGAGGAAGAUGGUGGUGGUACCGAAAAGCAACAUGUUAAUGAAGAUAGACAACAUAACGAAUUACUGAAGGAUGAAUUGCACGAAUUGGAAACUACCUUAAUUCAUACGAAGACAAAAUUACAAAAAGCUACUAAUCCUCUUUUGAAAUCAAGAUUUAUAGAUAGUAUCGUUAAAUUGGAGAAAGAAGUGGAACUCAAGAGGAAACAGUUGAAAUUAAGUGAUGAAAUAUUGUUGAAGCCAGGCGACUCCCAACUAGAGGCAGACCUUCAAUCUGAGGAGCAGCAAGAUCAGCAGGAAGAACAAGAACAGCAGAAGGUCCAAGAACAACAGGAACAACAGCAAGAACAACAACAAGAGAAUCCCGAUCGUAGCCAAGACCAUACCCAAAAGCAAGAAGACGAAGAUGAGGAAGAAGAUGAGGAAGAGGAAGAAGAAGACGAAGAAGACGAAGAAUCACGUCCUAAACCAGAAAACGAAGAAUUGGACCAAACCGAUCUUGACAUGAUGAUGCUGUUCGGUGCAGAAGGUGACGAAGGUGAAGAAGAAGGUGAGGAAUCUGAGGCGUAG